AUGUCGGAUCAAAAAGCUUCCAAGUACUAUCCUGCCGAGGAGGAGGCGCAAAUGAAGAAGGCCCGCAAGACCGUCCACCCCACCAAAUACCGCGACUCUCUCGCACCCGGCACGGUUCUCAUUCUCCUCUCCGGCCGUUUCCGAGGCAAGCGCGUCGUUCUUCUCCGCCACCUCGAACAGGGUGUACUCCUCAUCACCGGUCCUUUUAAGUCCAACGGUGUGCCUCUGCGCCGCGUCAACCACCGCUUCGUCAUUGCCACGUCCACAGUCGUCGAUAUCACGGGUGCUGAUGAUGAGGUUCUGGAUCGCGUGAGCAAGGACGAGUACUGGUCGCGGGAGAAGAAGGAUGGCAAGGGCGAGGACGACUUCUUCAAGGACGGCGAGACACCUCAAAAGAAGGAGACAGAUCCCCAGCGGAUAGAAGAUCAGAAGAAGGUCGACAAAGCGCUUAUGGCGAACAUCAAGAAGGUGCCAGAGCUAGAGGGCUAUUUGGGAGCUAGUUUCAGCCUGAGGAGCAACGAGAAACCGCACGAGAUGGUCUUUUGA